ACUGCUAGCACUAACAUUAACAAAGAGCUAUGUGUCGGCUGAUACUUAUCCUUAUUUUACUUGUAAUAAUCGUAAUUGCUUACUUCUGGUGGAAACCAGAAGCGGGCGGCACCAAUACCGAUGUCCUGCCAGUGGUCCUGUGGCACGGCAUGGGCGACACUUGCUGUGCUCCCUUCAGUUUGGGUGCCAUCAUGUCGCUGAUUGUGGAACAGACAAAGGGCGGCUUCGUCCGUUCCAUUGAAAUUGGCGACAACAUUGUGAUGGACUUUCAGAGUGGCUUCUUUCUUCACCCCAACGAGCAGGUGGACUAUGUGUGCAAGGAGCUGCUGAAGGACGAGAGGCUGGCCAAGGGCUACAACGCGAUCGGCUUCUCGCAAGGCGGACAGUUUCUGCGGGCCGUGGCCCAGCGUUGUCCCCAGCCGCCAAUGCGAACCCUGAUUACAUUGGGGGGCCAGCAUCAGGGCGUCUUUGGGCUGCCCAUGUGCCCGACACUCACAGAAAAGUCCUGCGAGUACAUCAGCAAGCUCCUCACCACGGCCGCGUACACAACCAAGGUGCAAGAGGAACUGGUGCAGGCCACAUAUUGGCAUGAUCCCAUCAUGGAGAACCGUUAUCGCUUGGGCAGCACUUUCCUUGCGGACAUCAACAACGAGGUGUACCUCAACACUUACUACAGUGAAAAUCUCAACAAGCUCAGGAAAUUUGUGAUGGUCAAGUUUCUGAACGAUACUAUUGUCCAGCCAAAGGAGUCGCAGUGGUUUGAGUAUUAUACCAACGGGCAGGACAAGCUCAUUACGUCCCUCAAGGACAGCAGAGUUUAUACAAAUCUGGGCCUGGACAAAAUGGACAAGGCAGGCAAGCUAGUCUUCCUUGGCGUCGAAGGUGACCACUUGUCCAUAUCCAAGGCGUGGUUUAUCAAGAAUUUAGUGCCUUUACUACUCGAAAAGUGAGCCAGUAUAUUAGAGAAAAUAUAUAUAUAUAUGUGAUAAUGAAAUAAGAUAUUGUGACAAAAGAUAUUUACAUAUUGGAUUGAGGAUCGUAUAACAAAAACACACUUUUUAGAUA